UUCAUGUAUACCGUACUUGAAAACCUUGUUUACUUUUCUUUUUGCCUCCCGAUAAAAUUUCAGAGUAAGAAGGAACUGUUUCAGGUUCAACAAGUGCGAAAUUAUUUACUCGUGUGUCCAGUAUAUAGAGGCUGGAGCCGGGUAAGAAAAGGAUCGUCCAUGGAGGGAGACGCCGUAAAAGGUUUGGAAUGCCCGAAGAUUAUGGAUGGGAAGGCGAGUAACGGGAACGGUUUGGACGAGGCUCUGCCUUCUUGUUGCCUGAAGGCCAAUGCAUGCUUACCUGAGCAAGAUGCCAAGUGCCAUUCUACUGUUGUUUCAGGAUGGUUCUCGGAACCUCACCCUCGCCCUGGUAAAGCAGGCAAAGCUGUCUAUUUCAAUAACCCUAUGUGGCCGGGAGAAGCACACUCGCUAAAAGUUGAGAGAGUUCUGUUCAAAGCCAAGUCGGAGUUCCAGGAAGUCCUAGUCUUUGAGUCAUCCACGUACGGGAAGGUGCUUGUUCUAGAUGGCAUUGUACAGUUGACUGAGAAAGAUGAAUGUGCAUAUCAAGAGAUGAUCACUCACCUUCCUCUUUGCUCCAUUCCUUCCCCUAAAAAUGUUUUGGUCGUUGGUGGUGGUGAUGGUGGCGUUCUCACGGAAAUUUCUCGCCAUAGCUCUGUUGAGGUUAUUGACAUUUGUGAGAUAGAUAAGAUGGUUAUAGAUGUGUCUAAGAAGUACUUCCCUGAAUUAGCCAUUGGAUUCGAGGAUCCUCGUGUUCAGCUUCAUGUCGGUGAUGCUGCUGAGUUCCUUCGAAAAUCUCCUGAAGGGAAGUACGAUGCGAUCAUCGUUGAUACUUCAGAUCCCGUGGGUCCUGCUCGAGAACUCGUUGAGAAGCCAUUCUUUGACACGAUAGCCAGAGCAUUGAAGCCGGGUGGUGUUCUCUGCAACAUGGCAGAAAGUAUGUGGCUCCAUACCCAUCUUAUCGAAGAUAUGAUCUCCAUUUGCCGUCAAACAUUCAAGACCGUCCAUUACGCAUGGACCAGUGUUCCCACGUAUCCAAGUGGUGUGAUUGGUUUAUCUUCCGAGGGACCCUCUGUUGAUUUCAAGAACCCCAUCAACCCCAUAGAAAAACUUGACGGAGCCAUGAACCAUAAACGAGAACUGAAAUUCUAUAACUCAGAGAUGCACACAGCAUCUUUCGCUUUGCCCGCUUUUCUGUGUAGAGAGGUCGCCUCACUUCGGGCGUCCUGAGGUAGCUUUCUCACAUCCGGGUUUCUCGACCUCUUUACCCUCUCGGCUCUGUAACUUAGGAAUAACAGAUUGCUGCCAUAUUCAGACAGGAAAGCGAACCUUGUAUCUCUCCUGUACACUGUGUUUUUGGUAUUUGCCUAAUGAUGGAUAUGUCUUAGUAGAAGACUCGCUUCCUUGACUGCUUGACUUUCUGAUUGAUAAAUAGAAACUAUAUAAAUAAAGAUUUCACUCA